GAACCUCACCUUGGAAGUGUUUAAAACCAUGGCGUCAUGUCAUGACGCAAGCCGCCCUGCGCUCACACUGGCAAGCAACAUUGAGAGAGACGAUGUCAUGAAAAAUUGUUUUCUUAAAUGUGCACAAAAUCAUUUAAAUGAUCCUAUCUGUUUAAUAUUAUUCUAUUUGUACCGUUUUAAAGGGUCGCAGUCUUUGACGUAGAAACAUGAAAUUCAGCACAGACGUGGAUCCCGUAUCGGAACGGGGUGCUUGUGCUUUUAGGAAAAUCACGUAGCAAUGCUCUGAAUUGGGUCAUUUUUCCACAGGGAAGGCAUUGGGGUGCUUUUAUUUUUAGUCAGAAGUCACACUGUGGGAGCUACAGACAUGACACUUGAUUAUGUAGUACAUGGGGAAUCCAGCAACAACCUAGCAACCACUUGGAAUAUCAUAGCAACCACAUAGCAACACCUUAGCAACCAACUGCGUUAGCAUAGCAACCACCUAGCAAUACCCCGGCAGCCACCUGGCAUUGCUUUCAACCACCCAGCAACACCCUGCCAACCAACUGGGUUAGCAUAGCAACACCCUAGCAAGCAACUGGGUUAGCAUAGCAACACCCUGGCAAGCAACUGGGUUAGCAUAGCAACACCCUGGCAAGCAACUGGGUUAGCAUAGCAACACCCUAGCAAGCAACUGGGUUAGCAUAGCAACACCCUGGCAAGCAACUGGGUUAGCAUAGCAACACCCUGGCAAGCAACUGGGUUAGCAUAGCAACACCCUGGCAAGCAACUGGGUUAGCAUAGCAACACCCUGGCAAGCAACUGGGUUAGCAUAGCAACACCCUGGCAAGCAACUGGGUUAGCAUAGCAACACCCUAGCAAGCAACUGGGUUAGCAUAGCAACACCCUGGCAAGCAACUGGGUUAGCAUAGCAACACCCUAGCAACAGCACGGCAACCAACAGGGUUAGUGUAGUACACACUUUACAGCACCCUAACAAGCAGCUGUUUUGGCGUAGCUUCAACCUGGAAUACUAUAACAACCACCUAGUAAUAAAGAGAGGCUGGCUUCCACGUCUGUGUAUGACAUGGCCACGCCCCUAUCCAGAUCAGACUGUCGCAAUAACCACGGAAGGACGUCUCAGCUCCAUGCCAUCGUUUUAUGUGCCAAACUCAAGCGGAAGAAGAACUGGUUCGGGGCGACCGUGUACGUGGAGGUGACGGCGGAGGGAGAGAGCCGGAAGACGACCAAGUCUCACAACCCCUCCAGCCCCAAGUGGGAGGAUCGUCUCACUCUGAAUGUAACGCCACAUUCGCAGUUGGAGUUUAAAGUAUGGACCCAUCACACUUUAAAGGCAGAUGCUCUGCUAGGGAAAGCCACUCUGGACCUGCGCCAAGCCCUGGAGCAACACGACAGGAAACUUGAAAAUGUAAAGGAGGUGCUAAAACUGACUCUGGAGAACAAAAAUGGCAUGGUGACCUCCGGAGAGCUCACGGUCAUCCUGGACGGCCUCGCCGUAGACCAGGAGCCUCUACACAACGGAAACGUCACCACGGCAACCAAAGUUCAGCAGAACGGAGAUGCUAUUCAUGAGAACGGGGAGGAAACCGCCAGAGCUCAGAACAGCUCGGUGAACGGCACACACGGAGUGGAGAGCGAAGCCCCGUCCACCUCCUCCGGCAACAGCGAAGGCAGCACAGCCCCCGUUGUCAACGGCGACGCGGAGUCCACGCCCACACACCAGACAGCUACGUCUACCACGAAUCCUGCUGACCGAAGCGUGCCAAGUACGACUGUUAAUGGGGAGAAUUCUGAGCUUGAUGCCACUUCAGAAGAGCCGGUGCUGCCCCCUGCAGGUGGGACUGAGGAAGAGAAUGAAUCUGCCUCCACUCUCCCCUCCAUCUCCACCUCCACCUCCACCUCCUCUCCACACCAGUCUGCAGCCGUAUCCUGCAGCACUCAGCCCAGCAGUGACGCUGCCUCCUCUUCCUCAUCUGCACCCAGUCAGACAGUAGCUGCUGCUGCUUCAUCCUCCAGCUCCGCAGCAGAAGCUGCUUCAGACACCAGCACAGUCACAGAUGGAGCCAAACCUCGACAGCAGCCGCCCAACGUCAGCACUUCAGACCCUUUGCCUUCCGGGUGGGAACAGAGGAAGGACCCACAUGGCCGGACGUACUACGUCGAUCACAAUACAAGAACCACAACGUGGGAAAGACCACAGCCUCUGCCACCGGGUUGGGAGAGGCGAGUGGAUACUCGCGGCCGGAUCUACUACGUAGACCACAACACGCGGACCACCACGUGGCAGCGGCCAACGAUGGAGUCGGUGCGCAACUUUGAACAGUGGCAGUCCCAGAGAAGCCAGCUACAGGGAGCUAUGCACCAGUUCAACCAGAGAUACCUCUACUCGGCUUCAAUGAUGUCUGCAGAAAACGACCCCCUGGGUCCACUACCUCCUGGUUGGGAGAGACGCGUGGAUUCAAACGAUCGAGUGUAUUUCGUCAAUCACAACACGAAGACCACUCAAUGGGAAGACCCUCGCACACAAGGGCUGCAGAACGAGGAUCCUCUGCCUGAAGGCUGGGAGAUCCGUUAUACAAGAGAAGGCGUGCGCUACUUUGUGGAUCACAACACUCGCACCACAACGUUCAGUGACCCAAGGACUGGCAAGUCCUCUGUCACUAAAGGGCCCCAGAUAGCAUACGAGCGCAGCUUCCGAUGGAAACUAGCUCACUUCCGCUACCUGUGCCAGUCCAACGCGCUACCCAGUCAUGUUAAGAUCACAGUCUCUAGACAGACAUUGUUCGAAGACUCUUUCCAGCAAAUCAUGGCUCUGAAGCCGUAUGACCUUAGGAGAAGGCUUUACAUCAUUUUCAGAGGGGAGGAGGGACUCGACUAUGGAGGCCUUGCCAGGGAGUGGUUUUUCCUCCUCUCACAUGAGGUCCUGAACCCCAUGUACUGUCUGUUUGAGUACGCCGGCAAGAGCAACUACUGUCUACAGAUAAAUCCUGCGUCCACCAUCAACCCAGAUCACCUGUCCUACUUCUGCUUCAUCGGCCGCUUCAUCGCCAUGGCGCUGUUCCAUGGAAAGUUCAUCGAUACAGGCUUCUCCCUGCCCUUUUACAAGCGCAUGCUCAACAAGAAGCUCCUCCUUAAAGACCUGGAGUCCAUCGACCCGGAGUUCUACAACUCGCUGAUCUGGAUCCGAGACAACAACAUAGAGGAGUGCAGUUUGGAAAUGUACUUCACUGUCGAUAUGGAGAUCCUGGGCAAAAUCACGUCCCACAACCUGAAACCAGACGGGGAUAACAUUCUGGUGACGGAGGAGAACAAGGAGGAGUACAUCGGGUUAAUGGCAGAGUGGCGCUUCUCUCGAGGUGUUGAGGGUCAGACCAAAGCGUUUCUGGACGGCUUUAACGAGGUGGUUCCGCUGCAGUGGCUGCAGUACUUUGACGAAAAGGAGUUGGAGGUGAUGCUUUGCGGGAUGCUGGAGGUGGAUCUGCAGGACUGGCAGAGAAACACUGUGUAUCGCCACUAUACCAGGAACAGCAAACAGAUCAUGUGGUUCUGGCAGUUCGUGAAGGAGGUGGACAACGAGGUUCGUUUGCGGCUGCUGCAAUUCGUCACGGGCACCUGCAGACUUCCCCUGGGGGGUUUCGCCGAGCUCAUGGGGAGUAACGGACCUCAGAAGUUCUGCAUCGAGAAGGUCGGCAAGGAGACUUGGCUUCCCCGGAGUCACACAUGCUUUAAUCGCCUGGACCUGCCCCCGUACAAAAGCUUCGAACAGUUAAAAGAGAAGCUGCUUUUCGCCAUCGAGGAAACCGAAGGAUUCGGACAAGAGUAGAGAACUGUCCUCUCCGCAGCAGCGCUUCUGGCAGGACGGGGGGGG